AUGCCGAUAAAAUUCACAAAAGACCAUUUCAAAUGGACAAAUGGACGCGGUCUCACACAGCGGCCAAUUCUGUAUUCACAAAAAAAGAAUACAUAUGGAUUAGGAAAAAAGGAACACUCGUCGGACCAGUGGUGGGAGAAGGCCUUCGAUAACCAGCUCAAGAACCUCGACGUGUCUGGCGGCGGCGCAUCCGGCGAAGUUACGGUAAAGCAGACUGCGCCGAUCUCAACCGCAAUUGGAAUGGAGAAAAUGGCGAAGUACUACAUUCGCUUUGUGAAGGGAGGAAUACUAGAGGGAGAAGUUGAGAAAAUGGUGAAGGAAGUUGAAGAAAUCCCAGAAGAUAUCUCAACGGCCAGUGAGGCAGAAAGGAAGCUUCAGGGGAAGAAAGAGAAGAGGGCAAAGAAGGAAAAAAAGAGUAAGCGGGAUAAGAAGCGGAAGACUGGCGCGGUGAAGGUGGAGAGUAAAGAGGAGCGAAGAGGGAGAAAACGGUUGAAACGGUUGGUGCAGAAGGAGCUGGAGCUCUUAAAGAUUGGGAAAACGUUUUGUAGUGCCAAGCUGGGCGUAUAA